AUGAGAAGCGGUGGUGCUUGGAAUGUCGAUAGCGGCCCUAUUGGGUUAACUUUGAGCCAUAAUAACACAUCGGACGGAGACGACUUACAACAGUUUCGUAAUAGUGUGCAAAGCAACUGUGAAAACGAUGUAAUAAAUUGUAAUGAUGACGUCAUAGUAUGCACGACAUUAUCUCCUGAGAUGGGCAAUAAGCAUGCAUCGAGUACGGCGGUGGUGCCUGCACCAGGCAAGGUGGAGCGAGUGGCGGUGGCGAGCAGCUGUGAGUGCAGAGAGGAGGUUCGAGUUUCACCGUUACCUCCAAGUGCUGGCCCAAGUACGUCUACACAAAUAUUAUCUGCGCCCGUAUCUAACCUAAGGCAGAAAGGUCAAGAGACGUCGAAUAUUCAAUCCUGUCGUGAUUAA